GUACAUGCCAUAGCACGUAUUAGUGAUGAAUUUUGGUUUGACCCCAUAGAAAAAGGUCUUGCCUUAAGAUCAGUGAAUUCUUCAAGGUCAGCAUAUGCAUAUGUCUUCUUCUCAUCUAUGUUUUUUCAACAUUACUGCUGGACAGCUGUGUCUCAACCAUGUCAGAAGGAAAAACAGUUAUCCCUCCCAUUCAGUUCUUCCUGUAUUUAGAUGUGUAAAUGUGCUGGAAAGGAAUGUAGAGAAAUGCAGCAUUUAUACAAAUAUUAAUGAUCAUCACAUAACUUUUCAGCUCCUCUGCAAACAUGGUGUUGUAAAAACAUAUAAUCUGACGUUUCAAGAAUGUGAUCCGUUGCAAGCUGUUUUUGCAAAGCACAUGUGUCCAAACAUACUUAAAGUCCACUCCAGGCUGCUGGCUGAUAUAAUGAUUCACUUUCCGACCAGUCAAGAAGAAGUAACCUUAUCAGUUACUCCAAUGAAAGUUUGUUUCAAGAGUUACACUGAAGACGACACUGAUUUUUCAAAGACAAUGCUUACUGAAAUACAACUAAAUCCAGAUGAAUUUGACUACUUUCAAGUUGGAGUAGAUUCUGAAGUGACGUUUUGCCUUAAAGAAUUGAGGGGACUGCUAGCAUUGUCAGAAGCUACCAGCGUUCCCGUCUCAAUCCAUUUUGACGUAUCUGGAAAACCAAUUGCUUUCAGCAUUGAAGAUAUGGUGCUGGAAGCCAGCUUUAUUUUGGCUACCUUGUCCGACGUUGAAAAGGAGACAGCUUCCCAGCAGCCUCCCCGCUUUUCACCGCGGCAGGAAAGCUCGAAGACACAUACGGGUAAAUCUGAGAAAACCUCCGUGCAUAAAGAGAGCAAUGCAGAAGCAGUUGCUUCCAAAAAGCCACAGUGGACUGGGAGCGCGCCGAACAGGGAGUCAGCGCAACCUGUGAGUCCUUCGGCAAAACAAGAGAUUAAAAGUAUUCCCAGAGUCACAAAGAGAGAGACGGUGGGCGUAGAGGGAACAGCCGUGACCGAGGCGGAGGACCGUGCAGUGCUGGAAGGAGAGGCGACGGAGUCUCAUUAUCAGAAGUUUCAUUCCUUAUUUUUUGGAGCAGUUUCUCAUACGGAGAAGGAUGCCAUCAGUCACACCUCCCAUAGUUUAGCAACAGCUAGCGACACCGAAGAGGAUUUUGGCAACGCGCAGAGCUCCCAAGUUCUCUAGUGACACGAAGCGUUUGAAUCCAAGGAAAGACUAUCGGGGAUUGCCUUGAAAGAUAAAAGGGUAUUUGACGUGGUAAUUGUGGAGCCGUUCCUAGUUUUAGAAAGAAGUUUAACUGCAGUUCUUCAGCAAGUUAGAACUCGAUGGAAACUAUCUGUAGUCUGAGCUUGUGUGGUAAAUGGCAUUUCACGAAUACCUGUUCAGUCUGGAAAGUGGAAAUGCUGCUCAGACGGUGUCUGUUUCUUUUUUUUUUUGCAAGACAGGUACAGGAAAAGGACAAAACUCGACUCAGUACCGAGCACUGUACCAGUUCCUGCUCUGGCAGUACAGGUGAAGUGUUAAUUCACCGUUUAUGUUAACCACCAGCACAGGUCACGCUAGCACUGUCAGCUGCUGCCAUAAUGCAAUGUACAGGUAGGGCACGAUUGACUCGACUGAGAUGUGGGUGUGGUGUUCUGUAGGUACGCUGCUUUGGAUGCUCAGCUCCCCCGUGCAGGCUUACUACAGAGGGCAAAUUAGGCUGCUGUUGUAAAGUUAAGAGUGCUGGAAAAAUAACCCCCUACGCUGGCACAGCCAAACACACUAGUGCUAUAGAAUAGCUGGUAUUUUUACAGAAACUGUGUAGAACUAGCAUUUAACUGAAUAACCAAAGCUGCCAUAGAAAUGCAUUUAAAAAAAUAAAAGUGCUGUUUGAAA